UUCGUUCACCGCCAAAACACUCUUCAAACAACCAACCGAUUGAUGAAGCCGAUUUCCGUUUUGUUUCUGUUGUUUGCGACCACAUGUGUGUUCUUGCGGUCGGAAUCUAUAAGCAGAUCUGAUUUUCCAGAUGGUUUUACAUUCGGAACUGCUUCUUCUGCUUACCAGUUUGAAGGGGCAGUCGACGAAGGAAAUAAAGGAGAUAGCAUAUGGGAUACCUUCUCAAGGCUACCUGGAAGGAUAUUGGACUCUAGCAACGCCGACCUGGCUGUCGAUCAAUAUCAUCGCUUCAAGACAGAUAUUGAAUUGAUGAAGAACCUCGGUAUGGAUGCUUAUAGAUUCUCAAUAUCAUGGUCAAGAAUAUUUCCAAAUGGAACAGGCAAACCGAAUCCACAAGGGAUCAGAUACUACAACAGAUUCAUUGAUUCUUUAUUGGAGAAAGGUAUUAUAUCAGGAAUUCAGCCCUAUGUAACUCUGUAUCACUGGGAUCUUCCACAGAUGCUUGAAGACAGAUAUGAUGGAUGGUUGAACACCCAGAUAAUAGAGGACUUUGAGCAUUAUGCUUUUACCUGUUUUGAAGCAUUUGGGGAUAGGGUGAAACAUUGGAUCACUUUCAAUGAGCCUCAUGGUUUUGCAAUUCAAGGCUAUGAUUAUGGUAUUCAAGCGCCAGGGAGGUGCUCAUUUCUGUUCCAUUUGUUAUGUAAGAAGGGAAAGUCAUCUCAUGAACCAUACAUUGUAGCUCACAACAUUCUAUUAUCUCAUGCUGCUGUUUAUCAUGGCUACCAACGGCAUUUUAAGGAAAAGCAAGGAGGUCUAAUUGGAAUAUCAUUAGAUAUCAAAUGGUAUGAACCUCUCUCAGACUCUGAUGAGGACCGUGAUGCUGCAACUCGAGCAAUGGAUUUUGGCCUUGGCUGGUUUCUUGAUCCUCUUUUCCUUGGAAGCUAUCCUCUUUCUAUGCAAAAUCAAGUAGGCGACAGACUACCUGAAAUCAGUCCUGUGGUUUCAGAAUUUAUCAUGGGGUCCUUGGACUUUGUUGGCAUCAACCAUUACACCUCGUUAUAUGCUAAAAAUGACAGAACUGGAAUUCGAAAAUUCAUACUGCGGGAUGCUUCCACUGACGCUGCUGUUAUUACGUCUUCUUCUAGAAAUGGAGAAUCGAUUGGAGAAAAAGCUGCUUCGAGUUGGCUACGCAUUGUGCCAUGGGGUUUGAGAAAGUUAGCAGUAUAUAUAAAAGAAAAAUACGGGAACCCACCAGUGAUUAUCACUGAAAAUGGUAUGGAUGACCCAAACAAAGCUCAUAUAGAUUUAGACGAGGCGCUGCAGGAUGACAAGAGGAUAAGUUACCACACAGACUAUUUGUCAAACCUAUCAGCUGCUAUUAGGGAAGAUGGAUGUGAUGUGCGUGGUUAUUUUGUGUGGUCGCUGCUUGACAACUGGGAAUGGAACUAUGGGUAUACUGUUCGAUUUGGACUGUAUUAUGUGGACUACAAGAACAAUCUGACAAGAAUACCAAAGUCUUCUGUCAACUGGUUCAAAGGUGUUCUGAGAUCACUACCUCAUCCUGUCGUAUAAUCAAUGCCAUCUGUUGUGAAUUGGUUCCUGUUAUUAUCUGAAAUGAAAUUUUAUAGCGUGAAUGAAGAAACUGUAGAAAAGUGACAAAUGGCUUUCAAGCAAAAAACAUAUUAACAUGAUCAUUCAA